CGCGCAGAUACAUAUUGGUCCUUUAUCGACUUGUUGAUUUUGAGUCACGAUGCUUCUGAGAUAUUUCAUCAUUGGACUGGCAGGCUGUCUGCUUUCAGAUUCUGUAUGGGGUGUCCCACUGCAAUCAUUGGCAGAUCCACUAAAGCAUCUAAAGGGAUUAUUUAACAUAAAUCAUCAUGAGGUUGCUGACGGAGGGGCGAAGUUCAUUAAAAUAUGGCAGAAACAUAAUUUGAAGGCUAAUGAAUCAGGCAUUAUGCUGAGUGCUAUUGUGAGAUGGUAUUUAAACUUCUUUGAAAAUCUGAAACCUCAUCAGGAUAGUAAAGCCAAGCAAGCCAUCAACACCAUUGCAAAUGGCUUGCAAGAGUGGCUGAGAUCUGACACGUACUCUUCUCUUCUCAAUGACCUCAAGGAAUUGGAGAAUAUUAAAUGGGACGAUCAAAUGAUACAGCGUAAAGCGAUUCUUGAACUUGAAGUAUUUUUAGGACAAAUGCAGGAGAUGGGAAAAAGAAGACGCAAGAGGAAUAUGCUCAGAAGACAGAAGCCUUGAAGAUAAUUUACUGCAGUUGUUGAGUAAUUCAUGGCAUCUGUAAUAAUUCAAAUUUAAUAUAUUUAUUUUUAAUUUAAUUAUUUAUAUUUACUGUAUUGACAAGUUUACAAUAAUAUUAUAAUUGCUGCUCUCUUGCAUUAGUGGACUGACUAUUUAUUAAUUAUGAAAAUUAAUUUCUAUUGAAGGUGAAACUUUUAUUAAUUUGAGUACUACUUCAAUUUGGCAGUCACCUAUCUAAAUUUAUUUGUACGUUUGAUCAAGCAUCCUAAACUGCAUGAAUCUCAUGAUAUAAAUUUUGGCGAGUUAGAGUUCUGGUAGAACUCACAACUACCUGGUAUGAUCUUGCAAAAUUUGAAGGACACACAGAAGGAAAUACUGAUUUUUUUCCAUCAAAGAGAGACUGCCAAUAUUAGUUUGUACUAAAACCUAAACUAUAAAAGUUUCACCUUUGAAAAACACAAUGACCAAAAUCUUUUUUUAAAAAAAAAGAACAUUUGUAAUCUACUUUUGUCAGAUUGGUCUCUGAAUUGUAUGAUUA